AAAACAAACCGCAAUUUGCAAUAACAGAAAAUCAACACAAACGCAUCGCCUCCUCCACCUGGCCGCAUGGUUUUGUCGUGGCACGAAUCUCGUCCUGGCAUUUAACGUCCGAAUCUCAACCGGUUUUAGUCAUAGUGUUAUUUUUUAUCGUGUUCUAAUUACCAACUGUCGCGUGUGCGUAUUUGCUUCCGAGAAGAAGCUCUAAACUUGGCCUUGAACCAUCUGCAUCAUCAUCAUCAGUGUUUCGCGCAGCAGAAGGAAAAAUAGCGUUUAGCCCCUCUCCAAGAAUACGAUUCCGUGAAGCCAAGCGUGAGUGUGUGUCAUUUUUUUUGUAUUGCGAAACAAUUUCAAGGGCCAAAAGAAAGGCCGAUUUGGCUGACGCAACAGCAGGGCACCGCAUCAUCCGUUCCCAAUCCAAAGUUCAGACGAUCGUCACGCCAGAACGAAGCGGACGGGCGCGCAACAGCCAGUCAGUAGUAGUCCGUGCUGAUUGGCGAGUAAUUUUGCGUGAAAUCGCUCCAAGCGACCAUUCCCUGCAGUGUACUGAUAAGCGGACGGAAGAACAGACCGAAAGAUUCUACUGUAAAAGCCCAGUUUCAGUGCCUUCUAGGAUGGACAUUCUUUGGGAAUCGCUGGCAGAAACAACCGCAUCGAUCUGGAGCAUGGUCUUCCCGGCGGCCCCGACUACGCCCGCCUCCCAAGAGUGGCGCCGAACGUACGAAACAAUCAAAGCUGGCCACGAUGAAGCGUACGCCACGAUCGAGCGUGCGAUCAAGCUCGAGGAGCACGAACGUCCCGAUCUGGCCCUGCAGGCGUACAAGGACGGCAUACGGCGCAUCGACGAAACGCUUGCCCUGCCCGUGGAGGUGCCCGACCUGGAAGUGCAGGGCCCGCAGGCAGACGAAACCUGGCAGCAGGCCGUCGCGAUGAUCCACAAGCUGAAGCGGACGCGCGGUGAAGUUCUGCAGCGCGUCGGACAGCUCGGUGGCAAUGGGUCGUCGGAAGCGGGCGGCAGUGCCGAAAAUGACACCGGCCAGCGGCCCUGGACGUACACGGAGCUAGCGAUGGCACUGCGGGACAUGUCGGAUGCGGCGACGGCGGACGAAUCCGAUGCCGACCGGCUGGAAUUGCUGUUUUCGUGUGACGGUGUGCAGGUGUACUACAUCGAGCCGGACGGCGUGGUCAGCCGGACGAUGGCCGACUCGACGCUGCGCAUCGUGCGCAUUGAGGGCGACGAAAGGCGGCAGCUGCAGGCGACCGUGUUUCUGCAAGUAAUCGAAACAAGGUCGGCCACACGCAUCGAGAACGCGGAAGAACCUCUGGAGCAGCUCGAACCGGUGGAGGCGAAAGAGGAGCAUGCGGACAGCAAGGGUACAGCGCCACCCGUCGGGGAAUUACCGCACCCGCCACCGGAGGAACAGCGGCCCGAUGGACCGGACCGACCCGGCUUUCUCAUCUAUCCGCUCAUCCCGGGCGUAUCGCCCUGCUACCGGACGGAGUACGGCGCCUUCAUACUGCCCGAUCUAGGCGCGGACAGUGAGCGGGGCCGCGCUAUCGGGCUGGUAGUGCCGGCCGAGGCCGAUGAAGUGGUGCUGGAGAUUUUGGUCGCCUUCCUGCACGGCAUUGUCACGCAGCCGUCCAGCAGCACGGGCCCGGCACGCGUUCGCAAGCGCUCCCUCCUGCCCGACUCGACCACCGUGUCGGCCGGCAUCAUCAAGGGUGCCUUCUACCUUUCGCAGGGCUUAGUGCGGGGCGCGGAAAAGACGGGCCAGCUCAUCGCUACCGGCACACCGUACGUUAUUUCGAAGCUGGGCCAAAAGCAGCCGGCGGCAACGGUGGCGGAAGAUGCGACCGCCUCCACCACCACCGUGCACGUGCCGAAGAACGUGCGCACCGGCAUCGAGAUUGCGAAAACGGUCACCGGUACGGCGGCGGGCGUGACGAGCUACGUGGCGGGCAAGGUCGGUACGGCCACGAUGGCACUCGGCCGCUUCCUGGCGCCGCACAUUCAGCGGCACGGCAGCGCCCUGCUCGCGUACGGUACGGGCAUGAGCGAGCAGGCCGCCUCGGAGCGCAUGAACGGUGCGCUCACGAUCUGCGCCGGUGCGGUGGAGGGGUUCGGCACGGUGUACGAGGGGCUGGAGCGGUCCGCUUCCAUCCUGGGGCAGAGCUUGAGCACCAGCACGGUCCAGAUAGUGGAGCAUCGGUACGGUACGGAGGCGGGCCGGGUGGUGGGCAGCUCGCUCGAUACGGUCGGCAACGUGAUCAAUGUCACGCACAACAUGAACUACAUUACCCCGAAGGGGUUGGCCAAACGGACGGCCAAGAAUGCGGGCAAAGCGCUCGUGGCCGGGUACAGGCCACCGGUGCCGGAGCUGGACGGUGGUGGCGGUGAGGCUGGUUCGGCGGGUGCAGGUGCUGCUAGUGCGGCGGUGGGCGAAUCGUCACGCACCCAGCAGCGCAUCGUUCCAGCGGCCGUACUUUACCCCGAUCUGGCAGGAUUAGCGAAGGAGGUGCAGCGGAAGGAAGGAGGGCAUGAUUAAAGGCAAGGCGAAACGACCAAGUAAGGGAAGAGAAAGGAAGUAAAUUGAAUAGCUAGUCCCGCAGAUAGAUUUAUAUGUUGUAAAGUGUGUGGGAAAGUGUUAAAGAAGGGAAAGUUCAAAUGGAUCCAAUGGGAUUGAUUGUGUGUGUUAGUGUGGUAAAGGUCACCAUUGUUAUACGCUUGUUUUAAAAUAGGAAUCUCAUAUACAACAAAAGGUAGAUCAAAGAAUAGCUGGGGUGAUUGUUACUAUUUUACAUCGAUUAGAAAGGAUUUUUGUACAGGAUUUAAUCAAUAUUUAUCGUACCACGUAAGAACCGCAUGAUAAGAAUCUCAACUAUGAAAAGAUUUCAAACAGUUCUAUUCCUCCGCAACUUAAAUCACUUCUUUACUUAUCAGCACAAUGAAAUUGUACAAUACACAGUGUAAUAGCUCGUAAUAGCUUAAGCGGUCUUGGAGAAGUCUGAAACAUUAUACUCAACAAAUAAACGAUACAAAUAUUUAAAAACA